CUUAACCUCAUUCUUUAUUUUCUGUUUAGAGGUUUAGAUAUUUUGAAAAAUAAACUGUUUUGUUUGGGUAUUAAGCUGUUUUUGUUUGGUAAUGUUAACCAAAUACAAUGUUAUUGUCGCUUAAAGGAAUAGUUUCUACACAGCUACUUUGUAAAUUAUGUAUGAGAACGUAUAAAACACAAAGUUCUGUCAGAGUUCGAUUUGCUCCUAGUCCCACAGGCUUUCUUCAUUUAGGCGGAUUGAGAACAGCUCUUUAUAAUUUUUUGUUUGCUAAAAAGCACCAUGGGAAAUUUAUUUUAAGAAUUGAAGACACUGACCAAACUAGAUUAGUUCCAGGAGCAGCUGAGCAAUUACAAGAAGACUUAAAAUGGUCUGGAAUAGACAUAGAUGAGGGUCCUUUGCAAGGUGGAAAUUUCGGUCCAUAUUUCCAGUCUAAAAGACUAGAUAUAUAUAGGGAUCAAGUUCAAGUACUUUUAGAAAAUGGAUCUGCUUAUCAUUGCUUUUGUACAGACAAGAGGUUAGAACUACUAAGGAAGGAAGCACUUAGGAAACAAGAAAUCCCCAAGUAUGAUAACAAGUGUCGACAUUUAACAAAAGAAACCUUGAAGAGUCAUUUGAAUAGUGGAAAACCAUAUUGCAUUAGGUUCAAAAUCAGCGAUAAAGAAGAGAGUUUUGAUGAUAUGAUUUAUGGUAAGAUAGCAUAUAAUAUUUCACUAAAUGAAGGUGAUCCAGUUAUUUUGAAAUCCGAUGGUUACCCAACUUAUCAUUUUGCCAAUGUAGUUGAUGAUCAUUUUAUGGAAAUAUCACAUGUAUUGAGAGGCGUUGAAUGGCAGAUAUCUACUACAAAACAUCUUCUCUUAUAUAGAGCAUUUAACUGGGAUCCACCACUUUUCGGACAUUUGCCGUUAUUAAUGAAUGCCGACGGAACUAAAUUAAGUAAACGCCAGGGUGAUAUUAGAAUAUCACAUUACAAAGAUACUGGAGUUUUUCCACAGGCAUUAAUUAAUCUUAUUGUACAUUCUGGAGGAGGCUUUUCUAAAGAUUCUGAAAGACAUUUAAAACCGAAAUGUUAUAGUAUGGAUGAAUUAACCGAACAGUUUGAUGUUUCAAGAAUCAACUCACACUCUGGGAAGGUAAUGAAUGAAAGGCUAUUACAAUUUAAUAAACUAGAACUGGAAAAGAAAAUAAAUGAUCCUUAUGAAUUAAAUAUUUUGGUGGACAAAGUUAAGGAGUUAUUAAAAAUUACAUUCCCACAAAGGAUACAGAAUAAUUCUUUACAAAUAAACGAUGAACAAAUUAAAGACAUUUUAUGUUGGUCUGCACCUAGAAUCAAUCAGCUUUCAGACCUUGUGUCCAAUAAAUUUAAAUUUGUUUGGUUUAUACCAACACAUACUACGGUAAUUAAUAACGAAGUCGAAAUUUUAACACUAUUUAAAUCUAAACUUGAAAAUCAAAACGAUUUAAAAAUGGAAGAAGUGACUAGUGUGCUGAAAGAAUUUUGUCAAGAUCAUGGCGUUAAAUACGGAGAAUUUAUGCAGAUGUUAAGACAUGUUUUAAGCGGUUUGAAGGAAGGACCAAGCAUAGCGGAAAUGAUGGUAAUACUAGGCAAGAAAAAUGCAAUAGAUAGAUUAAAUUUAUACAUAAAUCAAACAAAAAGCGUGAGAUAUGGGUCAGAACAGUGAACUUAUCCCGGGC